AUGCCUGAAGUUCAGAAAAUGAUUCUCGAUACUACAUCAUCGUGGAGGAAUUGGAUUGCAACAGUCAAAGAGAUGGCAUUAUAUGGCGACACAGACGUCUGGAGCUUUAUUGACCCUGACCUAGCAUCACAACCACCACAACCAUCGAAGCCUACUCGUCCUAUCGUCGAUUUCGAAGAGAUAUCAAACCCAGAGGGAAGAGAAGUUUUUCGAUACGAAAUACAGUUUUAUCAGGAGGACCUACGAGAAUACGAAAGAAGGAUAAGGGUACUCGGAAACAUACGGACGUGGAUACGGGAACACAUCUCGAUCACGAACUAUGUGUUCAUACGAGAGGAAAUAACAGUCUGGAAGUCAAUACGGAACCUCAAGGAUCACUUAGCGCCAACGGAUCAAGCUCGAAAAUUCGAAAUGAUCAAGGAAUAUGCAAAGCUCAAGAAGUACUCAAAGAGUCAGAAAGUGGAGGCAUAUAUCCAAGAUUGGGAAACCACAGUGGCAGAGUGCCUACUUUUGAGACUGCCAGAUGUUGCAGAAGAGAGGCCACAGGAGGACUUUACAGCAGCCAUUGCUGGAAUCGAUUCUCAGUUUGCGUCGAAUAUGCAAUUCAAAUACUCCGAACUUCGAUCCGAAUCCCAGCCUAUUCUCGAAUUCACAAAACUUACUCAAAUGUUUCGGGAUCAUUAUCGUCGUACGGAAGCCCUCAAACCUUACUCCAGCCCUGGAAGCAGCUCUGCGUUCACAGCGAGCACGGAAGGCGAAUCGUACAAAGGAACAAAAAGGGGGGAAGAAAAAGAGAAAAGAGAAUGCCUAUGUGGAGUAAAACAUGCUUGGAAGCAAUGUCCAUAUUUGGUGCCAGAAAAAGCAGUAGGAGUUCAACUUGAUCAGGAGAUUGUCACAAAGAUCAACGAGAAACUGGAAUCAUUGCCUUGGCUAGCAAAGUUAGUCUUCAAUGCUACAAAAUACUCCAUUCGUGCAACGACUUCUCCGGAAACACCAACCGCAGCAGGAAAAGCUGUAGCAUCGACAAGACGAAUUCGAUUACCUCCAAUGCCACUCGAAGACUUCGAACAAACCUCGAAAGCAACGUUCAGUGCUCGAAUACAACGAAGCACGCCUCAACCGAUAAACAUUGAAAAACACUCUUUCAACACUUCAAAAAAUCAUAACCUUCAAAAAUCAAUGAAAACCCAGAGUCAUCAAUAUAAAGGGGAUCUUACAUUCUAUAAUGCUUGGAUCCUGGAUGGAGGCUCAGAAUCGAACAUCUGCAAUGAUGCAGGGAGGAGUGAUUUCACAACAACACACAAGGCAGCACCUGACGAUGUUAUUCUGUCUGGCAAAAGCCGUUACAAAAUCGAAUCAUACGGAACCACCAAGAUAUGGAUCGAUGCUCCUGAAGGAAGACGAUUCUUUACUCUCACGGAUGUCGCACUUGUGCCGGGAUAUAUGACAAACAUUGUCAUGGAAGAAGCGGUAAUCAAAGCUAGGGUAUAUCGCUAUACAAAAAACCCAGAAACACUCAUCGACAACGAUGGACAAGUCUUUUGUACACUUAAACCACUUGGCAAGCUAUUUGCUUUCGAACUCGACGUUCCGAUCGAGAAAAGAAGAAGAGCACUUACGACGACGAAAGCCAGUGGACAUUCUCAAGAGCCACAGAAACCGGUUGAAAUAGACCGUGUCUUACAGUGUCAACCUGAACACACUAAAGAGGAACCCUUUUGGAUAGAUCAGGAUGUCAUAAUCAGCCCCGAAAAGAGUACAGAAAAUGAACCAACACUUCAAGAGACUUUGGAUUUACAACCCAUGACUCUAGAGCCUAGCCCUGAGCCAUCGACAGAAUCAAACUCUCAAGCAAGUGAGAUUCUAGGGGGACAAAAUCAGAAUCGGUUAGAAUCACCUCUUUCCGCUCCUCCAACAUCCAAAACAACAGAGAAUCUCUUACAAGAGGGAGGAAAUCAAAUCAUGAAACCCCCAACAACGAAAAUACAUCAUCGGGACACACUCCCGGUACAGCUAAUCAAUUGGAAAGAAAGGCUAAAGCACCUACUCAAACAUUCCUGGCUAUAUUCAAAUGGUCUUGAAUGGGACACACUUCUAUACUUGAUUUGGUUCUAUACUUGA